ACCGUUUUUCAAAACCCCGCAUUUCCAAUUUUGCAUAACCACUCUCCUCCAACCUUCCACUACGGUACUACCCCGCACUCUCCCCAAAAUUUAUAGGGCUCGAUCUUCUCCAAUCCAUCCAUGGCUUCCAUCUCCACCAUUUCCACCUCCAAUUUCUUCUGCAACAACCACUACACUGCAAAAUUUUCUUCCACAUCUUCGGUUCUUCAACCAAGACUCAGAAUUUCAGCAGCAAAUGCCGCCGUUUCAACUUCCUCCAAUUAUACAAGUAGGAGAACGAGUAGCGAGAGGGCGAAUUUGGAGGUAGGCAGCUCGAGUAGUGCGAUGGAGCAGCUGGACAUCGAGCGCGGAGUUUGCUUUCCGUUCCGCAAGUACACUCCCGAGACAGUGAGGAAUAAGGUGUUGGAAUCUAGAGGGCAGAUUCUGUCUCUGGUUGGGCGCGGUGUGGAGAUAGUUUGGAAUUUGGGGCUGUACUGGUCGACUUUGAUGUAUGAUUGCUUGGUGGGGCGGGACGAAGAGGUUGUUCCUUAUCGAGCUCGGCAGCUGAGGAAUCUGCUGUGUGAUUUAGGGCCUUCCUUUAUCAAAGCCGGACAGGUUCUUGCUAACAGACCGGAUAUUAUUAGGGAAGACUAUAUGAAUGAACUCUGCAUUCUUCAAGAUGAUGUUCCCCCUUUUCCUAAUCAGGUUGCUUUCGCCAUUAUUGAAGAGGAAUUAGGCCAACCCCUUGAAGCAAUUUUCAGCAAAAUUUCUUCUCAGACUAUAGCAGCUGCAAGUUUGGGUCAGGUUUACCGAGCUACUUUGCGUGACUCAGGGGAGGAUGUCGCUAUUAAGGUGCAAAGGCCAAGGAUAGAGCCUAUAAUCUAUCGGGAUCUCUUUCUCUUCCGUACUCUCGCUUCAUUCUUGAAUGGCAUCAGUCUGCAGAAACUGGGAUGCAAUGCUGAACUGAUCGUGGAUGAAUUUGGUGAGAAGCUUUUGGAGGAGCUUGAUUACACCUUGGAAGCUCGUAAUCUUGAAGAUUUUCUGGAGAACUUUAAAAAUGAUCCUACUGUCAAAAUCCCCCGGGUUUACAAAAAGCUUUCUGGUUCACGUGUUUUAGUCAUGGAAUGGAUUGAUGGUAUUCGGUGCACUGAUCCACAGGCUAUUAAGGAAGCGGGUAUUGAUGUAAAUGGAUUUUUGACAGUUGGAGUGAGUGCUGCUUUGCGACAAUUGCUAGAAUUUGGGUUAUUCCAUGGAGACCCACAUCCUGGAAAUAUUUUUGCUAUGCGUGAUGGACGUAUUGCGUAUGUGGACUUUGGUAAUGUUGCUGUGCUCAGUCAGCAAAAUAAACAGAUUUUGAUAGAUGCGGUUGUCCAUGCUGUAAAUGAGGACUAUGUUGAGAUGGCAAAUGAUUUUACUAGGCUUGGUUUCCUUGCUAGUGGGACUGAUGUUGCCCCCAUUAUUCCAGCACUAGAAGCAAUUUGGCAGAACUCAUCUGGAAAAGGACUCUCUGACUUUAAUUUCCGAAGUGUUACUGGGAAGUUCAAUCAAUUGGUUUACCAAUAUCCCAUUCGUAUACCAGAGAGGUUUUCUCUCGUCAUCCGUUCUUUGUUGACUCAAGAGGGCAUCUGUUUUACACUGAAACCAGAUUUCAAAUUUCUUGAGGUUGCCUAUCCAUAUGUGGCAAAGCGCCUUUUAACAGACCCAAAUCCUGCUCUACGUGAACGCCUCAUACAGGUUCUUUUCAAAGAUGGUGUUUUCCAGUGGAAACGCCUUGAAAACCUUAUUGUUCUAGCAAAGGAAAAUGUGGCCAAGAUGAGCAGCAACCCUGCAUUAAAAGUGAAGCACACAAAAAGCUCCAGAGACCUGCAAGUUGAAAGGAAACUGGACCUCACAGAUACGAUCAAGGAUGGAGCUCGCCUUUUCCUGAUCGACGAAGGAAUCCGCCGCCAGCUUCUCCUUGCCUUGACUGAAGAUUCCAAGCUUCACAUCCAAGAGCUUGUUGAUGUGUAUAGAUUGGUGGAAGGAGACAUAGACAUACCCUCAGUUGCUCUGGAAGUAGCAAGAGACUUGCCUGCUGUUGCCCGCGAUGUCAUGCUUUCAUGGAGUGCAUCAGUCUUAUCAGACAGAUGAUUAUUGUCUUCUGGGUUCCUGCUAACAUGAGAGCUUCAUCAUCUCAAUUGGAUGGAUGCUGUCAGCCUCUACAAUUUCUAGUAAGAAAAUGUUAAAUGCUGAAACAUUAAAGCUAUAUCCUCUGUAUAGAAACUGUUUUUAUAUAAAAUGCUGAUAAAAUCUUCCGGGAUUCAAACAGAUACAGAAAAACUUUGAGAUGUCAAAAAAAAAAAUUAUAGCUUCAGCUUCCCUUUAGGUUUUUCCA